GCCUGCCGUAAAUUGAACCAUCUUCUUGCAACAACACGAGGGAGCAAAGAUGUAAAACUUGGGGAACUCAGCGAGAUCUUUCUACAGAACUAAUCUGAAGAUGAAGAACUGAAGAUGUGUAGCAUGAAAUUGUGUCUUUUUUUAAUGAAGGGUGGUAUUUUGCGCGAAAUACCAUCCAAUCAUGUUCAAAGAAGCCUGCAACUCGUCGGACGAGGAAAAAAUUGGAGCCAUAUUUGCCGUCAAAUGUCAUCGCAGAGUGGAAGACCUAAAGCACAUUAUAAUACAAACGAUGAUGGGAUAGAAGGAAUAAAACGAGGGGCAAAGAAGCGUGAUGCUGAUGAGGAGUUCAUGAAAUUAUGGCAAAGUACAGAAACGUUUUUGAAGGACAAAAUUCGCGCAAAUAUCAAGGGAAGCAAAAUACCACCGAGGAGACCUAACGAUUUUCGGACAAAAGUUUUGCCCAUUCAAAGCGAAGUCAGCAGAGAAAUACAAAAAUCCCUUUUAGAUGAUGAUGAUGACGUUACAUUCCGAGUCCCUAAAGCUGAUGAAAUAAUCUGUAACCCGAUUGUAGAAAAUAUAGAGGGUGACCAAAUUGAAUCCUUCCAGGAUUCUGAAAUCAGUUGUGAAUUUAGUAAUUUUGGUGUUCACCCAAAAUUGGUAGAGAAACUCAAGAAGAUGGGAAUAACAAAACCUGUGCCUAUCCAAGAGAAAGCAUUACCAUCAGUUUUCAGUCAUAAAUCUUUAUUGAUUAAAUCAGAGACAGGAACAGGGAAGAGUCUUGUAUUCCUAUUACCGUCCGUGCAAGAUCCCGGGAGGGGAUAUGGCACUAUAAUUGUCGUCCCAACAAGGGAGUUGGCCAGCCAGAUGUUAUAUGAGGUGUCACGACUGCUUGGUGAUAAAUCCAUUGUGGCAUCAUUUGUAAGUGGAGUUGACCUUUCAAGGCAAGAGAAGCUCCUGAAAGAUUCACUUCACCCUCCAAGGAUUGUUAUUGGCACUCCUAAGCGACUCUGGGAAAUUGUUCAAGAACAUGAACACCUUCUUCAGAGGACCAAGCGCAUUGUGAUUGAUGAAGUUGACAAGACUUUACUCCCUGUUCAUCAGAGAUCUUCACAGAAGAAGAUUGCAACAAGACUUAUGCAUCCACGGCCAGGAAGAUUGCUUGUUGACAAACUAAAAGCUGUAUCUAAGGUGAAAAACAUCCAGCUAAUUGGUGCAACGGCUACAGCUAAUGAUGUCUUGAAGGAGGACCUAGUAGAGAUGGGGUGGGGUGACCAUGUGCUUGUCGCAGAGACUCCAAGCUACGAGGGAAAGCAGAGAAGAGUACCACCUUGUAUAACUCAUCGAUAUGCACUCUUUGAUGGGAAGACUGUUCCUUCAAAAGCUCAAGUUUUGGCAAAGAUCUAUGAGUCAUCAAAUCAGAAGUCUGCUCUGGUCUUCAUCCACCGUAAUCACUCAGUUGAUGACUUUGUAUGGGAACUCCGCUACCUUGGACUCAAUGCAGCCGCACUGUACAAACAAGUGGCCAUUCCAGACCCCACAAAAUACCACAAGUUCCUCAGAGACUUUCGCACAGGACAAAUCCAGCUUCUUGUUGGGACUGAGGAAACUGUUCGAGGCCUUGACUUCAAAGAACUGGAUCAUGUCUAUUUAAUGGAAGUUCCAAAGAAUGUUGAGGAAUACCUCCAUCUUUGUGGCCGUGUUGGUCGGCAGGGAAGACCAGGAACUGCCACAACUGUCGUAGAUAUGAAUGUUGUGGGAGAAGAGAGGAGGUUGAGAUUACAGUUUCGGAGACUUGGUGUAACUUCUGAAAGGAUUUCUAAUUAAGGUGAUUAGAGGGUGUUUUUCCUAGCUUAUAGUGUGAGGUAGGAGAAGAACUUGAGGUGUGGAGUGCUUUGAGCCUGGGUGACACAUGCAGCAUAGUACAAGAAACCACCAGUACUGUAAUUGAUUGAAUAAGGAUCCCCCUUACAUAAGCGGCCCCUCUGAGUAGGCGUCUCAUCGUAAAGGAUUAUUUAGACCACACUAUUCAGUCAUAUGCGUUGGAGCCCUGAAUAACAUACUCUGACUUUCUUAGUUGUGCAUUGUAGUGGCAUUGUAGGCUGAUUUACAUUCUGCGACUUGAGUUUUACUGUAACAGUGUGGCAGUAAAGAGGCAUACUACUAAAUCAUGCUGUCUAAAUCAGCCUUAAAUUAAGCACUUCCCCAUGAUGCAUUCAAUAGACUUUGCUGAUGAUGGGGACUUUACUUAGGGAAGUAAUGAUAAUUAUUACAUGAUUGACACAGUUUCCGUUGUUUUCUGUAGGGCUUUAUUUCAUGUAAAACCUCAUUAAUAGGCAAGUAGCUAAGAGCCCAGCAAGGGUUUUGAUAUUCAGCAGGGGAGAGCGGGGCUGAUGAAUUUAAUUACUCAUUAUAAAUGCAAGGGAUGUAUAUAGAUACAUCCCGGGGAAGCUUGUAUGUAUCCCUUGCAUUUAUAAUGAGCAAUUAAAUAAAUUCACUACCUGCACUCUUCCAUGCUGAAUAUCAAAACCCAACCAUAUGGCACUUAACCUUACACUUUUCUAAAAUCUAUUGGACCAUAAACAUGACAAACUUCAAAUAUUACUUUUUUUACAUCUGCAGUCUUUUUAGGGGUUUAUUGCCACUUUUGCCCUCGCUCUUUAUGACUUUACCAACCUUACAAUCAUCCUCUCUCAUUACUUUAUCAACCCUACAAUCAAACACCUUUGAUACUAUCGAAACUUACGAAACUAUACGAUCUUGCCACAGCUCUGGCUCUAAUUCCUCUCUUCAGCCCACACUUGCCAAGUAUGAACAGCCUACACUGUUUUCGUGUUCUACUGAAUCCUGUCGUCCUUUCUCUUCUCAACUUCUUCACUCAGAAUCGUCCUCGUAAUAUCAUGGCUUGUUGUUCCAAGGAUUACCCUGCUAGCAGAGCUUUCUCCUGUAUCUCUCGCUUAGCAGUUUACUUGCCGAUUCGCGUCUCUGGGUUUUUGCGUUGUCGUUUGUUUGGGUGCCGAGGGGAUGAAAUGUCAAUAAACUACGCGACAGACGAAACCGCGAAGAAACUAAUCAGCUUGCAAAACUCUUACCUUAACAGUUAUACGUGACAAAAUUUAAGAGCAACGGGGCGCAAAGCCAGGGUGGCUAGAUUUAUUGUUUUUCUGUGGGUUUCCCUUAUAUUUCUUGUCAAUUAUCUGGGAAUAGGUGGGGGGGGGGGGGGCUGCGGCCCACAUGGCUGACCUCUUGAUCCACCCAUGGUACAUGCCAUAAUUUCUUGAAAAUACUUUCGUUAUUUGCCACUGGAAAACUUAAAAGGGAAAUUAUAUAAUCCUGUUUGUUUUUAGGCUCACUUAAAUGGUUUUGAGCAAAUCCCUUUUCUUAAAACCCUAAGUGUGUUUCAAGUUUUUUUGCAGAUCUUUACUUUUGAUUCCCUCAACCCUAUGGCCAAUGACUGUGAAUGGCGAAAUGCUUAAAAACGCUUAUUGAUAAAAAUGCUCUGUAUGGGUUGUUUCUACAAAAUACUGACAACUAAAAUCCAACGUUCUUUUCUAGUAAAAGUUUAUUUGUUAUCAAAAAGUCUAGAAUCUAGCUCUUAUACAAGUAAAUCACUUAAUCUCGAUAUUCAGAGAUCAAUGAUGUGGAUAAAUGUUAGAUUUACAAGGGUGCAAAAAAGUCACAUUCUCAAAGAUUUCCUUGUUUCCUUCACCUUGAUUCAUUCUGUUUCUAUCCAGCCCUAAUUAAUAUCAUUUUCAUUUUUUUUAUAAUGGAAUCCAUAAUUAACUAAUCCAAUAUUUAAAAAGUCUUAGUGAGAUCCAUUACUAUUGUACAGUCAAAGCUUUUUGCAUUAAACUUUUUCCCUUCAAUACAUAUGAAAACAUCUCUGCCCUACAAUGCACUAGUACUAUAUGAAAAUUUUCUCCUUUUUAAAUGACAUACAAGCUUACCAUUUCUCAUAUAAUGACAUGUGUGUUGGUAAUACCUCCCCUUUUCUCAGUGCAUUUGAGAAAAAAAAGGAAUAUAAGAAAAUAAAAGGAAUCAGAAAAUCAA